AUGAAACUAUUCCAGCCGUGGUCUUCAUUACUGAGGAAUUGGCAGAUACUUGCGGUCACACAUCCGGGUUAUGUCGCUUUCCUUACCUAUGAUGAAGUGAAGGCUCGGUUACAAAAGUAUAUCAACAAACCGGGGAGUUGUACCCGUUUGGGUCAAUGGGCUAUCGGUUACGUGACUCCCGACGGAAAUAUAUUGCAAACCAUUCCACAGAACAAGUCUUUAUGUCAGGCCCUCCUCGACGGCUACAGAGAAGGAUUCUAUUUAUAUCCUGACGGCCGUAACGUAAACCCAGACCUGACGUGGGCUGUGAUGGCGACGCCCGAGGAUCACAUCCGAGUAACGCAAGAACAGUACGAAUUGUAUUGCGAAAUGGGAUCAACGUUUCAAUUAUGCAAAAUAUGCGCCGAAAACGAUAAAGACAUACGUAUAGAGCCGUGCGGUCAUCUACUUUGCACGCCGUGUCUCACCUCAUGGCAGGACUCCGAAGGUCAGGGCUGUCCGUUCUGUAGGGCCGAGAUUAAGGGCACCGAACAAGUGGUGGUCGACCCGUUUGAUCCGAUGGGCAGACACACCAUCAGAACCAUCGAUGACUCUAAUAAUACGAGCAGUUUAUUAGAUUUAGAUGAAGACGACAGUUGUUUUGAGGACGGCAUGAAAUGAUUGAUUGAUUUGGUUUUAUAUUAAUUUAUAAAUUAAUAUUAAUAUUAUUAAUAAUGUUUUUUCUUAUCGACGAAAACAACUCAUUAACUAUUCAUUGAAAACAUUUCUUCACAACACAUAUCAUAUGAAAGACGUCUCUAUAGAGAAAACAAAAGCAAACAAAAAGUUUUUAAUUAAUUUUUCGCUUAAACACCAAAAUUAUUAUUAUUAUUGAGAAAAACUCAAUUCAUUUGCUUUCCUAAUAACGGCUCAAUCGAUGUCGGAGUUGAUUGACUGCGGACUCCCGUUCUCUCUCACUCUCAACGUGUAAUUGCUGUGCAAUAGGUUUUACACAUCAUUUAUAGGCUUUUAAUUUAAAUUUAUUUUAAUUCAGACA